GCCUCGCGGGGCUGAUUGGCUCCCGGGCCAGCCCUCCAGCCGCGGUUUAUAAGAAUCGGGCUGCCCGGAGCGCCCUGCCCAGGAGCCACCGCCGGCCUCCGCCCGCGCCCGUCGAGGUCCGCCGAGGUCCCCGGCCGCGGGGAAGGGGGCAGCGAGGGAGCGAGGGCCAGGCCAUGCGCCGCGCCAGCCGCGACUGCACCAAGUACCUGCGCGGCUCGGAGGAGAUGGGCGGCGGCGGGGUCCCGGGCGGCCCGCACGAGGGCCCCCUGCACGCCGCGCCGCCCCCGCCGCCCGCGGCCUCGCGCUGCGUGCUCGCCGCCCUGCUGGGGCUCGGGCUGGGCCAGGUGGUCUGCAGCGUGGCCCUCUUCCUGUACUUCCGGGCGCAGAUGGAUCUUAAUAGAAUAUCAGAAGACAGUACUCACUGCAUUUAUAGAAUUUUGAGACUCCAUGAAAAUGCAGAUUUGCAAGACCCAGCUCUGAAGAGUGAAGACACAAAGUUAAUACCGGACUCGUGUAGGAGAAUUAAACAGGCCUUUCAAGGAGCUGUGCAAAAGGAAUUACAACAUAUUGUUGGGUCACAACAUAUCAGAGCAGAGAAAGCUACGGUGGAAAGCUCGUGGUUUGAGCCGGUCAGGAGAGGCAAGCUGGAAACUCAGCCUUUUGCUCACCUCACUAUUAAUGCCACCAACAUCCCAUCAGGUUCCCAUAAAGUGAGUCUGUCUUCUUGGUACCAUAACCGGGGCUGGGCCAAGAUCUCCAACAUGACUUUGAGCAAUGGAAAACUAAUGGUUAAUCAAGACGGCUUUUAUUACCUGUAUGCCAACAUUUGCUUUCGACAUCAUGAGACAUCAGGAGGAUUAGCUACGAAGUAUCUUCAACUGAUGGUGUAUGUCACCAAAAGCAGCAUCAAAAUUCCGAGUUCUCAUACUCUGAUGAAAGGAGGAAGCACCAAAUACUGGUCAGGGAAUUCUGAAUUCCAUUUUUAUUCCAUAAAUGUUGGAGGAUUUUUUAAACUACGAUCUGGUGAAGAAAUCAGCAUUGAAGUAUCCAAUCCUUCCCUGCUUGAUCCAGAUCAAGAUGCAACAUACUUUGGGGCUUUUAAAGUUCGUGAUAUAGACUGAGAGUCAUUUUGUGGAGCUUUACCAAAUAUUUCCUAAAUGUUUGGAAAUUCUGUUUUAGACAAGCCAAGAAGGAUGUAUAUAAGUGUUUAAGACUACUAAGAGGCAUGGCUCACAAUGGUACAGAAUUCAUCUGUAUUCUUGAGAUUGUUUGAAAGCAUGUAUAUUUACGGUCAGUGAGAGAUGUUGGACUCCUGGUGUAUUAUACAAUGGUUUUACAAUUUUGUAAUGAAUUCCUAGGAUUAAACGAGAUUAGAGCAAGUAUGACUGCCCUCAUGAAAAUCUACAUACGGGCCAUGACAGGGGUUAAUUCUCUGGGUCUAAACCGUGGUUGUAUGCCACUAUGCACUUCAAGAGGAGGGUGUCAUCACAAUGAAUGAUCAUCUAAAGGGUUAAGUUCUGUUGAAUUGUUACAUCAUGCUGGAACCUGCAAACAAAUACUUUUUCUAAUAGAAGAGAAAAUAAUAUGUAUUUUUAUAUAAUAUCUAAAUUUAUAUUUCAGAUGUAAUGUUUUCUUUGCAAAAUAUUGUAAAUUAUAUUUGUGCUAUAGUAUUUGAUUCAAAGUAUUUAAAAAUGUCUCACUGUUGGCAUAUUUAAUGUUUUAAAUGUACAGACAUAUUUAACUGGUGCACUUUGUAAAUUCCCUAGGGAAAACUUGCAGCUAAGGAGGGGAAAUACUGUUUCCUAAUAUCAAAUGUAGUGUAUAUCUUCAUUCUUUUUUAACUUAAUAGAUUUUCAGAUUUGUCAGGCUUGUGCAAAAUAAAUAAAUAAAUAAAAUGGAUACCUUGAAAAGCAAGCAGGAUAUUGGCCACCAGGCACCUUUCAAAUUUAGAAACUAAUUGACUUCAGAAAGCUGACAUAACCAAAAAAGAUACAAAGUAGGCUACUGAAAUCUGUCAGGAGUAUUUAUAUAAUUAUUGAACAGGUGUCUUUUUUCUACACGUGCUGCAAAUUGUAAAUUUUUUUAAACAGAAAACUUGCUAGUGGUUUAUCAGCAGAAAGCAAUCCAAUUUGUAAUGUAGUAGAAGUUAUUUUAUACUGUACAAUAAAAAUUUUGCCUUUGAAUGUUAACUUUUGGUACAAAAAUAAAUUUAUAUGAAAU